AUCUUCGCGCGCGCAGGGGACGAGGACACGGUCACGGGGUUUCUGCUGGCGGGCGUCGGCCACCGGACGGCGGACAAGACGAACUUCCUCGUCGUCAAGGGCGACACGCCCGUCUCUGCAGUAGAGGCCGCGUUCAACGAUUUCACGACGCGCGACGACAUCGGCAUCGUGCUCAUCAACCAGCACGCGCGCGGCCGGCGCCGAGCGCACGGCUCCCCCCCCCCGCAGGUCGCGAACGACAUCCGACAUCUGCUCAAGUCGUACACGAAAACGAUCCCGACCGUGCUCGAGAUGCCGUCCAAGGAUCAGCCCUACGACCCGCAGCAGGACUACAUCAUGCAGCGCGUGAGCGGGAUGCUCAACGCCGAGACGUAG